AUGAGUAACACAGGCUUAAGUAGGGGAGUGUCUGGUCUGCGGUCGAUUGGUGGUCCAUCAGCAUCAUUACAUGGACCUAGAAAUGGAUCCGUAAUCGACGGUGGGGUUGUCGGGAUCCCGCUGCGGUGGGAUGCCGGUGGGCUUCCGGUGGGCUCCGCUCCGCCCGCUUCUAUUGUCGCCAUCAAGGCUGUAGCGCCAGUUACCGGCGCCAAGAACAUCGAACUCGACACGAGAGCCAGCACUCCGGCACUCGAACAGCCAGUUGUCCCUUCUGUGAUCGCAGUUUCUCCCGAAGCGACACCCUCCGCCGACACAUACGGCGAGACCACGAAGAGGAACAACUACAAAGCUCUCGGGCGACUCGCGCAUGCCGUUCCUGUCGCGGGGCAUCGUUGCAUCUUUGAGAAUCAAGUUGCACCUCAGACAGAUACGCCAAAUGCACACGCUUGUCUCGAUGACGCCAUUGAUCUGGAACGAGCAGGGAACAAUCAAAAUGAUCCUAGAGACCAGAUUGACCACUAUAUCCAACUCUACUUUGCUCGCUUCCAUCCCCGGUGGCCGUUUCUUCAUCGCGCCACUUUCGGUGCUUCGCAUGAACCAACCCUUCUGCUGUAUGCUGUGGUGAUGAUCGGCAUGUGGGUGUCUGGGAAGGAUACCUGCCGGAGGUCCGCACUGGAUUUACACAGGAGACUGGGCACUUGUAUUCGGCAGCAACAGACCUGUCUUAGACACAAUGUGUUCUUCUACCCGGCAAUGGUAGGCCGGUAUCACGAUAUCGACGAUGUUACCUGUAUAUGGGUCGGAGUAGAAGAGAUAAAGCGCCUGGGCCUAGCUCUGUAUAAGGUAUGUAACAGGUGCCGGAGCGCUCGCCAAGGUGAACUAGAUGGAGACAGUAACUCCCGGUUACUGUGUCUCUCGGACCUUCGGUUCCCAGCCCCAGAUAGCAAUCACUUAUGGGAGGCGAAGUCCAAUCCGGAACUUUCCAAUUUGCUGGCACAAACCUCCAGGGGCAUGAAUCCAGAGGACGGUCGAGAAAUUAAAUUAGUAUCUGACGGUGGAGGCUGGCUGGAUGAUGUUGAUCCCGGAUUCAAUUGGAUUUGA